CUGCCGCCAAACCUUCGUGAGGGGAUGGAUCCCCACUAAUAGCAUCUAACCAAUUACUUUGUACUUUCGACCCUGUAACUUCACUGUGACUGGCCAAACAUUCGAUCCGACUUCCCAUCUCGUCACAUCACUCCCACUUCCCAACUCCGUCUCCUUCCACUACCUUACUUUAAUCGACCGUUGCCGAAGAAGAAAAAAAACCAGACGAAAGAAAAAAGAAAACGACCUCUCUUCAACAAACCAACUUCCCUAUCCCACCAGACUACGUACACGCCUUCGUCCCUGCGCUCAUUAACGAUCUUCACCUCAUCGCAACCUACCCUCACCUAAAGCGACCCGUCUACCGGCCAAGACCCCACCAGACGUUGUCACAAUGAACCCCCACCAGAAGAACAAGAUCGAUGUCUCUUCCCUUUCUCCGGAGGAGCAGCGCCUCUUCCGUCUCUACGGAAAACUGCCCUCCCGCUCCGAUCACUUUGCCAAACACUUGAAAGACCGCAAGUACUUCGACUCGGGCGACUACGCCAUGUCGAAGGCCGGAAAGGGCGACAGCGUCGACGCCGGGUCCGUCGGCUCCCAGCACCCCGUUCCCGAGAAGAUCCCCCACCUCUCCAGCCCCAUCAACGGCUCGGGCGCCCCCGUCGGUUCCAACGGCAUCGCCAAACAUCACCACAGCAGCAUCUCUGCCGCCACCCAGUCCGGCAGCCCCGUUAAGGAGUCCAGCUUCCUCCACCGCGAGACCAGCGCCGCCGAUAUGGAGAACGAGAAUGAGAACGAGAACCCGAACGACAGACAAUGAGUCAAUGAGUUUGGUCGCAGGGCCUACCUCUUUUGCCACACCGACUCCAGCCCACACAGAAGGCACAUAAAUCAUAACAGGCUGAGAGCAGUUCCUGUCUGAACAUGAAUGGCUCUCGGCCAUGUACCGAUGGCGAAUG